AUGGCGACCAUCUCGGCAGCUCUCUCCGUCUCCCUCCUCCCGCCCGCUGCCCGCCGCGCCGUCUCCACCGCCACUUCCUCCUCCCCGCCGCGCGUCAAGAGAGCCGCGCGGUUCAGGUGCUGCGCCGAGCCUCCUUCCCCGCAGCAGCAGGAGACCCCCGCGCCGCUGCCCUCCCCGCCGGAAUUGCCUUCGUCCCUGUGGGGCGUCUCCACGAGCGCCUGGACCGCGGGCGUCGCGGGGCUGGGGCUCCUGGAGACCGGCUACCUCAGCUACCUCAAGCUCACGGGCUCCGAGGCCUUCUGCCCCGUCUCCGGGGGAGGCUGCGGCGACGUGCUCGACAGCGACUACUCCGUCGUCUUCGGGAUCCCUCUUCCAUUAGUUGGUAUGGUGACAUAUGGUGUGGUGACUGCACUUUCUCUGCAAGAAAACGGAGAGGAGUUACUCCCUGGACUUGAUGACUUGGAUAUCCGCCUAACCUUGCUUCUGCUUGCUACUUCACUGGCGACUGCGAGCGCUUAUUUUCUUUUCAUCCUGAACACCAAAUUUGUCGGGACGUCUUGCUUAUACUGCCUAUCAUCAGCAUUUAUCUCCUUCACAUUAUUUUUCAUCAGACUAAAGGAAUUGUUGCAGGACAUUGGCUUGGCACGUAUCCAGAAGUUUGUUGGUCUUCAGUUAGCUGUAGCUGUCAUUGUUGCUCUUGCUUUAACAAACUCAUAUAGUUCAGCUACUACUCAGUUAAAGGGCACAGGUGAUUUCGUAUUAGAACCAUACAAAACAGAGGUAACAUCAGAAUCAACCCCUUUUGCUAUUUCACUGGCAAGACAUCUACAUUCUAUAGGUGCUAAGAUGUAUGGAGCAUUCUGGUGUACUCACUGCAAUGACCAAAAACAAUUGUUUGGUCGUGAAGCUAUGGAAAUUCUGGAUUAUGUGGAAUGCUUCCCUAAUGGAGCCGGUAAGGGGAAGAAAAUGGCCAACGAAUGUGUAGCCACUGGUCUGGAAGGUUUUCCAACAUGGGUCAUCAACGGGAAGCUCCUGAGCGGCGACCAGGAACUCUCAGUCCUCGCAGAAGAAUCCGGUUUUGUUUCCGAGAGCCCCGAGCAAUCCUGA